UACACUUUUCUCAUUAUCUCUCUACAUAUUUCUUUCUUCUUGGUCGUUUCUUGUCAACUUAAAGAAACCUUAUCAAAUCAUAAUAAAAGCUUACUAACUCCUACUUGCCACAUAUAUAGUAGUGUGGGAGAGGGAGAGCAAUAUAUAAGAGAAGAAGAAGAAGCAGUACUACACAACAACUUAACUAGGGUCGUUCUCUUGCCACAUUGCUGAAGAGAUGUCAAACAGAAGAUCAUCAAGACAAUCUUCAAGUACUGCUCCAAGGAUCUCCGAUGAUCAAAUGAUCGACCUAGUUACUAAGCUCAGGCAGAUAUUGCCUGAGAUUGGUCAACGACGUCGUUCAGAUAAGGUAUCAGCCUCGAAAGUGUUGCAAGAGACAUGCAACUACAUAAGAAACUUGAACAGAGAAGUUGACAACCUCAGUGAACGUUUGUCUCAGCUUCUUGAAUCUGUCGAUGAAGAUAGCCCUGAAGCCGCCGUUAUUAGAAGCCUCUUCAUGUAACUUUUUUUUUGUUAUUGUUUUUUGGUUUUUUGACAAGCUAAGCCCUACUCAUGUAAUCUUUAAUGAUCACUCUAU